AUGUUUGUGUCACCAGCACAGAACACAAGCGUAGGGAUUGGGAGCAAUGGUACGAUGAGUUAUCAAACCAAUGAUGGUACUGCAACUGCUGAUGAUUCAAAGGAACCAAGUCGUAAACUCGAUUUACAAGACUUUGGGACUCCUUCAUCAGUUACACCUUACCGUCUCUUCUCAGCGCCAUCUCCUCCAGCGCGCGCCUCAAUUCUCUUGUGA